AUGGUUACUACGCAAGUAGCAAAUCGAGAAAGACGAGAUCGAGAAGAAGCGUGUGACUUGAAUUUGCUAAAACAGACUAAAACAAUAGAAAAUGAACCAUACAGAGAAGCAGUAGGAAGUCUUUUGUAUUUAGCAUGCGUGACACGACCAGACAUUUCCUAUGCCGUUAAUGUGUUAAGCAGACACCAAUUAAAUUCUACCGAAUACGAAUGGAAAAUGGUUCAGAGAGUUUUUAGGUAUUUAAUGGGCACUAAAGAUUUAGGUUUAAAGUUUAUGGGGAAAAACGAUAGUAUGCAAGCCUUUUAUGAUGCAAACUUUGCUGAUUGCAAAAAUUCAUUGACGACUUGUGGUUUCGUUAUUCAAUUGUAUGGUGAUACAAUAGCAUGGAAAAUACAUAAACAAAACUAUGUUGCUCUAUCUACUUGUCAGGCCGAAUACGUAGCAAUGAGCGAGGCUUGUCAAGAAUUAGUUGCAAUUGAUUCUGAAUCAUGA